ACUUUUAUUUAUUUGCUUAUCUUUUGAACAAAUUUUUUUAUUAAUUUUCUUUCUACACAAUAUUUUGUUGGCAGGAAAGUUUAAGUAGUCUUCCAUUUCGAAACCCCCAUCCCCCACAAAAUCAAACCAAAAUUAAUAUUCGAAUCAAUUGUACAACAUACGGUAUCAUAGCCAGUUGCCCAUCAAAUUAUUCUACGGCUUACAAUCCAAAUUUAGAUCAAGAUUAUCCAUUGUCUCCCACGUGUCCAGACUACUUUCGUUGGAUUUAUGAAGACUUAAUGCCAUGGGCCCAGACUGGUGUCACAAAAGACAUGGUGGAGAAAGCUGAAACUAUGAGCCUAGCAAACUUUAGACUUGUAAUAGUAAAAGGAAAAGCAUAUGUUGAAUUUUAUAGGCAUUCCUUUCAAUCUAGAGAUAUUUUCACUCUUUGGGGAAUUCUACAGUUGUUGAGAAGAUACCCAGGUAGAGUCCCUGAUUUAGACCUUAUGUUCAAUUGUGGCGAUUUACCAAUUGUUCAGUCAGCAGUAUUUAGUGGGUUCAAUACCUCAGUACCACCACCAGUAUUUAAUUACUGCAAGGAUAAUACCACACUUGAUAUUGUCUUCCCAGAUUGGUCGUUUUGGGGUUGGCCUGAGAUAGACAUAAAGCCAUGGGUACCAUUGUUGAAAGAAAUAAAAGAAGGCAACAAGAAGAAAAACUGGAUGAAAAGGAAACCUUAUGCUUAUUGGAAAGGGAACCCAGGUGUUAGUCUCAAUAGACAAGACCUUUUCAAAUGUAAGGCUUCUCCCUUACAUGAUUGGAAGGCUCGUCUUUAUGCUCAAGACUGGGAUCGAGCAGCAAGACGUGGGUACAAGAAAUCAAAUUUGGCUAAGCAAUGCACACAUAGGUUUAAGAUUUAUAUUGAAGGGAAUGCUUGGUCUGUUAGUCAUAAAUAUAUUCUUUCAUGCAAUUCAGUUACAUUAACAGUAAAACCACGGUACUAUGAUUUUUUUGCUCGAGCUUUGAUUCCAAGGCACCAUUAUUGGCCCAUCAAAGUUAAUGACAAGUGUAGAUCUAUCAAGUAUGCUGUUGACUGGGGGAACUUUCACCAGAAAGAGGCACAAAAAAUUGGAGAACGAGGGAGUAAAUUCAUUGAAGAAGAGUUGAAAAUGGAGUAUGUGUAUGAUUUUAUGCUUAAUAUUCUAACUGAAUAUGCUAAGCUCUUAACAUAUAAGCCCACUAUACCUCCACGAGCUACUGAACUUUGUAGCGAGGCAAUGGCUUGCGAAGCAAAUGGAUUAGCACAAGAAUUUAUGAUGGAAUCAAUGGAGAGGAGUCCUACACAUACUAUCCCCUGUACCAUGCCACCUCCUUAUAAUGUUUCAUCUUUAGCUUCUUUUCUUGAGAAAAAGAAUACUUUAAUUAAAGAGGUAGAGUUAUGGGAAACUUACUCUAGGUAGAAUUAAUAAUAAUCAGAAUUGAACACUAUAGAGAUUUUCUUUUUAUGAAUCAGGUAAGUUGUAUUGUCUCAAUCAAAUAUUUACAACUUCAUAACAGCACCUCUUUGGUUUUGAAAAA